AACUUAGUGAAAUGGAGUAAACAUAUGAUGACUCAUCGUAAUGAAAAACAUUUCACAUGCGAGACAUGUGGUCGGGCGUUUAAAAGCCAAAUGUCUUUGUAUCAUCAUCGAGAAACACACGACCCUUCAAGGUUAUUCGUAUGCACAAUCUGUGGUGAAGGGUUCAAAAAUAGAGCGUGCAUGAGAAUGCAUGAACAUCGCCAUGAUGAUUUUAAACCUCAUAUAUGCCCUGAAUGUGGUAAGAGUUUUCAACACAAAACACUAUUGUAUAAACACAGAGCAUCCCAUAAUAAAACAUAUGUAUGUGCCACAUGUGGAAAAGCAUUCAGUCAAAGGCAUAAUCUAAAAGUACACGAAUACCUUCACACUGGUGAAAAACCAUACUGUUGUCAAUAUUGUGGUAAAGGUUUUGCACAGUUAGCAUCUUUACAAUGCCACUACAAGAGCUGUACAAUAAAACUCAGUCAAGAACCCAAAGAAACAAAUAAAAGUAAUCCUGACUCUGAAACAAUUAACUCAAUCCAACAAAUUGUUGACCAGAAUAUUUAUCUACCAGGAAUAUUUCAGAGAGAUGUGAGAGAGGGGGAUUUGUUGAAUUCAGAGAAUUAUAUGAGAUAUGGCUCCUUAUCCCAUAAGUAGUUGCAUGCAUGAGCCUACUGGCGUGAAAUCCAAAAAAAACUAGUCCCAUAUAUCUACAAUUUCACAAAAGUCCUGAGGCCAUGAAUUUAUACGAUC